AUGUUACAGUUCGGGCCAGCAACGUUCUACUCGACAUUUGCGCCUAAGCCUGACCUCAACGUCGCGCUCGGAUACUCAGCGUGGAUACUUUUCCAAGCUGCUCUCUACCGCUUCCUUCCAAGCAAAUUCAGUACCGGGCAGCUUACGCCAGCAGGAAAUCUUCUGAAAUAUCGUACGAACGGUCUGUCAGCUUGGAUUGUUACUCACUCAUUGUUCGCAAUAGCGGCUUUGACCGGGAUCGUGAAUCCAGCUAUUCUCGCAAGGCACUGGGCGGGCCUUCUUGUCGUCGCGAAUGUCUCUGGUUUCCUCCUGACUGGGUUCGUGUAUAUCAAGGCUCAUCUGAGUCCUACACACGAGAGUGACAGAAAGUUCAGUGGGUCUAUUCUUUAUGACAUGUAUAUGGGCAUCGAAUUGAAUCCGAGAUUCGGCGAGUACUUCGAUUUCAAGCUCUUCACGAAUGGCCGGCCAGGAAUCGUUGCUUGGACGUUGAUUGACUGGUCAUUCAUUGCCUACCAGUAUCAACUCCAUGGAUAUAUCACUUAUUCCAUUCUCGUCGCAACAGCUCUCCACACGUUAUAUGUGGUGGACUUUUUCAUUAACGAGGACUGGUACUUGCGGACUAUUGACAUCUGUCAUGACCACUUUGGAUUCUACCUUGCUUGGGGAUCUUUGGUAUGGCUCCCAGGUAUCUACACAUUGCAGACUCAGUAUCUGGCUCGAUACCCCGGAACUUUGUCAGACUUUCAUGCUUUGGUCAUUCUAAUGACCGGUGUGACCGGGUAUGUCAUCUUUCGCAGCGUCAAUCACCAAAAGGAUCUCGUCCGCCGAACAAAGGGAAAUUGCAAGCUUUGGGGAGCCCCUGCUCAAGUCAUCCGUGUCAAAUACCGCACGAAAGAUGGACUUGAGCACAACAGCAUUCUCCUCUGUUCCGGAUGGUGGGGUCUUGCACGCCACAUCAACUACCUGGGAGAUCUCAUCUUGUCGUACUCCAUGUGUGCAACGUGCGGGUUCAAGAAUCUGCUGCCAUGGACGUACGCCAUAUUCAUGACCAUCCUACUGAUCCAUCGAUGCUGGAGAGAUGAAGAACGAUGCUCCAAGAAAUAUGGAAAAGGAUGGGAGCAGUAUUGCAAGCGAGUGAAAUGGGUUAUCAUACCUGGAAUCUAUUGA